GGUCUAAAAUAAAAUUCAAGCAUGCCUGGCCUGUUCCAUAUACUCAUUUCGAUGUUUUUCCAAGAUAAAAUUAGUAUGUGCGAAGCCUGAAAGUCCCUGUUGACCGUUGUUCAAUGAUACGUGAUAAGUGUUUAAACAAUGGCUAUAAGGAUGCAGGACUGCAGAUCCAUGAGUGAACCGUGCCAAUGCCCACGUUGCCGGUUUGGAAUGCAUAUGUCCAGUCACCUGAUGAACUGCCAGGAGAAGUGCAAGGCCUCCUUAAAGUGCUGCAACAUGGGUGGCUUGCAGGAGAAUCAGCAGUCCUUUGACAAUUGUCAACGACCCUGCUGGCAGAACAGACCAGUUCCUCAGGAAGUUUCUCAGAAUUUCCCCCAGGGAAACCCUCAGAAACUUCCCCAGGAAUCUCCUCAAAUCUGGACUUGCCAGCCUCCUCGGAACGUUAUCUACGGGCAGCAGUUUCCUAGGCAGGCCAACCAGGACUUUCGGCAGCCACUUCCGCAGGAAGCUUCUCAGCAGUUUCCACAGCGCUCUCCUCGAAAGUGUUGUUACCAGGGUCAAAACUGUGGUCAGUCAUCUCCGCGAAACUAUUGUCAGCAACCUCCUGGAAACUUGUGCCAGAAACAUCCCGGGACUGUAUACCAAGAAGACUUUGAAGGCAAUCAUUGCAGUGGUCUAAAUGGAAUGAUGAGAAGAUCCUGCUUCUGUGUGACCCACGAAAUGGGCGUUCAAACGGAUGAGACGGAGUGCAGGAGCCCAGACCAGUCACCAUCUUCCCAGGGGAGUAAGGAGCUUGAGUAUAUAGCGGUUAACGAAACUACGACAAAGGAACUGGAGGUUAAGCAUCACACCGGCACCAAGGAUAUUUACAUCUCACGAGUUCAGUCCGUCACGCAUUUCCCAACCGGAACCCAUGAAUACAUCACAGAGACUCAGACGGUGAAAAACGUUUCGGAUGAAAAGCAGGAAAAUAAAGCCAUGAAAGAGGAGCCAAGACCGGAAGACCUCAUACCCCACCGAGCGCUGCGCCACUCCGAGCUGGUGCCCCUCAUAGAGUCCAUAAAGGCCGAGGUGCCCAGAGCCGAUUCUAAGGCCGAAACGGGGGAACUGCUCUACCAGCAAUAUGAGACCUUUGAGCGGGACUUCCUUGAGCCCAAGGAGACUGUGAAGGCUUCCACAAGGAAGGACAGAAGUGCGCUGGGAUCACCAGCAUCCCACUUAUCGAAGACUCGCACACCCAAUCCCCGAUCACCUGCCUCCCGAUCAUCUGCCCCCCGAUCCCCCGAUCCCGGCACACCCACUCGAGGAUCGCCCUCUUCCCCUAAACAUAUUAACCGCACACCCAGGGAAGACUUGAGCCGCUCAGAGUCCGGAAGGGAUAUUAGUCCACCUUUGUCGCAGCAAAGCAGUGCCACGAAGUCUGAACAAAAUACCUCCAUUGGCAAUGAAGAUGAUGUAAGCAAACCUUUUGUCAUGCUAAGCAGUGACAACUCGGACGAUAAAGAUGAGGAUGUGGAACCUAAGGCGCCAGAAGAAAGGAAAAGAAUACCCUCUGACUACGACAAUGUGAGCACCGUUCACGUGAGGGUUACCAAUAGGAAGGAGGCCUCUGCAAAACGGCCCCAUGCCAAAAAAUCGGAUGAAAAAAUUACAGCGGUCUUCGAGAGCCGAGUUUCCCAGGUGCUUUUAAAGGAAAAGGCUGAGAAGAAACCGAGCGAGAAGCCGGCUGAGAAGAAACCCGGUGCAAAUAAACCAAAGAAGCCAAAGACUUUACCCCCUCCCAAAAUGGAGAUGAAGCGGGGCUAUCCAUCAAAUGAUUUGGUCUGCAGAUUUGCAAGUCCUCCAAAGUGCCGACCCACCUUCAAUUCUUGCAGAUUCCCUUGUCCGCCGUCCACUCCUUUCAAAUCUUUCAACUCUUUUAAGUCCUUCGAACAAUGUCCUUCCUGUCCUCCGUGUCCUCCCAGCACAAGACAAUACGAUCCCAUCUAUGGGUUUGGCAGCAAAUGUAUCGCAUACUAUUGUCGAUAAUACCGAAUAUAAAUUUAAAACUACGUACCAACUUUAGCAUAUUGACAGCAAAUAAUAAAAUAAAUAAAAUAUUGCCAGCCUAAAAAAUUA